UUUUGUUCUAACUGUAUUAUAAAUUCAAUACAAAUCAUAUUAAUAUUGAGAAUAGCAUUAAUAAGUGCUAAUAAUUGUAUUAGUUUGCAAUGCAGAAGGAUGGGAACAGUGGUCAACAGAUAAAUUCCGAAAGAAAUUUAUUCAAAAUUUUCUGUUGGAGCUGGACAUGAACGGCCGAAAUUGUUCAGUGAAAGAGACGAUACUAUUGCUAUUAAUACUUUUGGAUCCCAUAUUAUCUGAAAAUCGAGUUAAACGGCUAUCAACGCCUGACUUCUUUAAGAAUCAAACACUACAGAUGGCCAAAUAUGUGAUAUCGAUACGUUCACGGAUACCGGAAAAAUAUUAUGGCGAUAAUCAUUAUUGUGGCGGUGCGAUAGUUGCACCCAGAUUCGUCUUGACAGCUGCACAUUGCGUCAUGGAUAAGAGCAAAUUUAAAUAUCCAAGUCGUACGAUCAUGGUGGUAGCCGGCGCACCAAACCGUCUGAAGUUCAUCGACAACAAAUCUGUGAAUUUGCCAGUUAAACAGAUAUAUGUACCAAUCAAUUUCACCAGCCAAAACACGAACAAUAUUGCCCUGCUUAAAUUAACCGAAGCAUGGCCCACGACAAAUCCAGGCGUUGCCAUUAUAUCGAUGCCCAGAAAGAAUCCCACUGUCAACGCAAGCUAUUAUGUAUUGGGCUGGGGUCGUAUGUAUAAGGGUGGACCAUUAUCAUCGAUUAUUUUGCAAAUCAAUGUGACCAUACUUGAUACGUCCACCUGCAAAUCGAUGCUUAGAACCUUCAAGGAGGAAAUGCUAUGCGGCAUGAAUGAGGACCCCGCCAUCCAUCAGAGUCCCUGUCAGGGUGACGAAGGUGCCCCACUGAUACGAAAUAAUGUCGUCUAUGGUAUUGCCAGCUAUCGUUUGGGCUGUACCAGACCCACACUACCAUCGGUCUAUACGAAUGUCUAUUAUCAUAAAGACUGGAUCAACAGUAUAAUAAAUUCUGCAUCCUGGCAAUGCAUUCCAAAUAUCGUCCUGCUUUCACUGUCUGUGUCUGUGUUAGUAUUUUAAAUUUAUGUAGUCACUGUAAAUAUACUG